AUGCCUCCAACUGAUGCACAGCUCGCAACAACAGCACUCGACGAGGAAGCGGCGUAUCGCUUUCCUUCAUUCUCCGCAAACGACGCCGUGACCCUCGGUCUCUCCCUCCGCAAACGUUUUCGCGGUUCCUCACGCCAUCAAAAACUAGGCAAAGGCCUUCUCAUCACCAUCCAAACCAUAGUCGGCCACACCCUCUUCUCGUGCACCGUAGGCGACCUCGGUGCGUCGGCCGGUCUCGGAUAUCAGGACGUGAGUUUGGAUAGCUGGCAGGUGUUGGAGGGGAUGGUAGCAGUGGUUCGGAGGACGGGACAUUCGAGUUUCUAUGUGGAGAAGGGGAUGGGGGCGAUGGGGAAGACGCCGAAGCAGAUGGGGGUGGGGAGUGAGUUUAGGGUGCAUGGGGGU